GCGGAUCUGUCAAUCACAGUUCACUACAUACUCGGAUACCCCUUUUGACUGCUGGUCAGGCUCUCAGAUUAUACUUGGGUGUACGUUGAUUGAAUCGAACAUGACGAAACUCAACAGUUUUCUGGAAAGAGGCAACGCCAAACUACCCCUGUUGCACUCUCUGACUGGUGAUGCUUUGUACGACUAUGCAUUCCUCAACUAGGGCCACCACGCCCGGGCCUCAUCGGCAGAUGGGGAAAAGUUUAUUAUGGACUUUCUUGAAGAGGAUGAGUUAAUGUGGGAGAUAGGAAAGCACUUGCUUUAUCCACCGUUGGGCCUCCCCGAGGGGAUUGGCUUGCAUAUCGCGUCUCACUUUGGACUGAAACGGUCCGCCAAAGCCCUCUUGGACAAGGGAACUUGUGUCCAAGCGAAGAGAAAGGCAGACUGGGGGCCGCAAGUUCAGAGUGAAACAGUCAUAGUUGAGCGUAUGGUACAGGCGCUAUAUCAGCAACGUGAUCGGAUAGACAGGCACAAUCUUGUGGGUUCGACACCUUUACUACGAGCCUCAGACAAUGGCCAUGGCGAUGUGGUCGAGCUGCUUAUGAACCACGGUGCCGAUAUCAACGCGAGAACAUUCAAGGGCGAAACCGCCCUAUCCCGAGCUGCGGAUAGAGGCGACAUGGCCAUGGUGUCCCAGCUGCUCAGCCUUUGGGGCGGAUGCAAAUGCUCGACUGGAACUGCACUGAGCGCAGCUGCUCACGCCGGAUACGACGCUAUAGUCCGACGACUUUUGGAGCGUGGCGCUGCGAUUGAGAUCGUUCGCCACGUGAAUACUGUUCGGCUGCUGGCCGAUCGCGGUGUCAACCUCGAAGCAAGAUCUUUUUCCUAUCGCACACCUCUGGCUAGAGCUGCAGAGGACAGUAGCUGCGAGGCCGUGGCACGAGUACUUCUCGAGAAGGGCGCAGAUAUCGAAGCCAGAGAUGAACAGGGAGAUACGCCACUGGGCAUAGCUGCUUAUGAAGGCAAUGAGAGCUUGGUACGGCUAUUUAUUGACAAAGGGGCCGAUAUUGAAAGCAAGAAUGAUGAAGGCAACACUCCUCUUUACACAGCAUCUAAUAGGCCUGCCUUUUCGCACAUAGCUCAGCUACUACUUGAGGGGCGCGAGUACAGAAGCAAGAAACAAUAAGGGGAAUACAGCCCUGUCAAUUGCCGCGAGGGGUGGUAUGGAAGACGCGGCGCGGUUGCUGCUUGCAAAAGGCGCAGAUAUCGAGGCGAGAAACAACGGUGGUGACACGCCCUUGUCUCUAGCUGCUCAGAGAGGCAAUCGGCACACAGUACAGCUGCUGCUUGAGCACGGAGCCAACAUCCGAGGCCCGGAACAACAGUGGCGAUACCGUGCUUGCUGUUGCUGGUCAGAGAGAUCGGUUGGAUGUAGUACGGGUAUUGCUGAGUUCUGGCGCCGAUCCUGAG